AUGGUCGUCCACAUCCUCGGAAAAGCCAUCAAAGGCAAGGCCAAGAUCGGACUCGCACACACAUUUUUCGGCGUCGGGCUCAAAACGGCCGAGAAAAUUUGCGCCAAGGUCGGCCUCUACCCCAGCAUGCGCAUGCACCAGCUAAACGAAACACAGGUGAUGGCAGUGACCAAGGAACUUACAGACAUGACCAUCGGAUCGAGACUGUUGCAGCAGGUGCGUUCCAACAUCAAGCUCAAGCGGGCGAUCGGUUCGUACCAGGGUCUCAGACACGCAAUGGGACUGCCUGUGCACGGUCAACGUACCAAGUACAACGCCCGUACUGCAAGACGUUUGAAUAAGCUCAACAGAACUCAAUAA